AUGACAACUCCAAGUACAAUUAUCUUAAAAUGUUCAAUACUCCUAACUACACUACUUGCAUUUGAGGCCAGAGAGACUAUAGCUUACAGUUUUGCUUAUAAUGUAACAAUUUUUAUUUACAAUAAGGUAUUGGCUCCAACUCCCGCAGACAUCACUGUUCAUUGCAAAUCUAAAGAUGACGAUCUUGGAGAUCACACACUCAUGCCUGGAGAAAGCUAUGUGUUUUCAUUCAAACCAACACAUCUUCCAUUUAAAAAUACUUUAUUCUUCUGCAGUUUUACAUGGCCUGGAAACCCGCAUCGACAUUAUCUUGACAUUUACGACGAAGCGCAUGACGAAUGCAAACAUUGCUCAUGGGAUAUAAACGUAAAUGGAGGCUGUUUGAAUGAUGGUAAGUGCGUCCCUUGGAAAAGUAUCGCGUUCAUGGAAUCAUACAACACUUCAAAGUGGCCAGGGGAGAAGGGAUUGCAUGAAUUGGCUCAUGGCCACCCUCUAACCUAA